AUGUUAACGUUAAUGGGGAAUAAAGAUAUUUUCAAACCUUCAACGUUUCCAAAAAGAAAGCGCAAGCAUGAACAAGCACAAGUUGCUAAACCACGAAACUUGAGGUAUAAACCAUCAAUUGAAGCGUUGAAUAUAUUAAAGAAGCCCAUUAACUUAGGUGAAGGUGACAUGAGCGAGGCUGAAACAUCACUAGAGUCUGUUCCAAAUCCUGAAGAAGGUGACAGCAGAGCAGAUGAUUCUUUUCUGUCGCAAAAUUUUCAAGUUAAAGACAAGCAUAGUCUGACGCAGGGUCUGCCAUCUGCGCCGCUUCCCAGUCUGAAUGUUUUAUUCAGAUCGCAGCAAAAUCAGCUGCCUGUUCUACCACACAUAAACAUCGGACAAAACUUAACCCUUCCUUCAAGACAUGUUAAUGUAUCACGAAGUCAACAAACCGAGUCUGUACCAGAAGCGGCUACCGUCGUCUCGCAACAAUCUUUACCUCAACACAUGCCAGAACAACAAUUGCCUCCCAUGCACACAUUACAAUCUUACCCUACAUCUCAACAAAACCUUCCAUUGCAACAAGAGACUCGAUAUUACUAUUCUUCUUCACAGCUGCAGGCCCCGGCUGAACCAUAUCAACUAAUACCACCACCUCAAUCUCAAACUACACCAUAUCCUCCAUCCCUCAUUCCACUACAACAAAUCCCUACGACAUACUCCCACAACCCUGAGUACUAUCCUUCUUAUCAACCACCUCAAUUACCACCACACCCACAGUAUAUUCCCAUGCAUCACAUGCAACAACAUUAUUACCAACAACCAAUGUCGUCCCUGUCUCUGGCCCCUGCACAACAUCAAUUUUAUUACAAUGUAGUACCAUACACAAUGCCAGAUCCUUACGCUGGUUAUGUUGGAGUUCCAAGAAAAUCAAAACAAUCUUCAACAUGGUCAGCUGACGAGGAUAAACUAUUACGAGAACUAAAAGAAGUGCAAAAGUUGGGAUGGAGAGAGAUUUCGACGUUUUUUCAUGAACGUACACCGAAUGCGUGUCAGUUUCGAUGGAGGCGCAUUAUAAGCAAUCUCGAUGUUGGUUCAAAAGUACCCAGUACUGAGGCUUCUGAUAAAGAGAAAGAACUGAAUGCUUCAUCAUUUGCUGAAACAAAUUUCGCUAGUCAAGAAGAGCGGCAAAGCCGAGUUGAGGGACUUCCAUCAGAAACUCGUGCUUCCACAGAAGAAGAUGAUGAUGAGACGAACUUGAACAAAAAAAGCCACAAUCAAACCAAUAAGAUUGAUUUCUUACUCAACUAA